AUGGCAAUGCUUCAUGUUCAAAAUAUUUUUCCCCUUAAUAUUACUACAAGGGUACCAACAACUGAGUUGUUCUCUAAAAAUGGUCAUUUCCCUAUCAAAUUUUAUUCAUACCCAAAGAAUGAGAUAAUUAGAUCAAAGAAAACCAAUCACUUAACUUUAGGAAUUGAUCAUGUCAUUGACCCUUCUUCUUUUUCUUCCUCUUGUAUUAAAGCAUUGGGUGAUCAUCAAGGAGAUGUUUUAGCUAAUAAUGGAAUAGGGAUUAUUGAGUUUUUUGAAGACAAAAAUAUUCUUGUCACUGGUGCUACAGGAUUUCUUGCCAAAGUUCUAAUUGAGAAGAUGCUAAGAACAACACCAAAGAUAAACAAGAUUUACCUUCUUAUAAGAUCAAAGGAUAAGGAAGCUGCAUUUGACAGAUUAACAAGUGAAAUAAUAGAGUCAAAAUUAUUCAAAUGCCUGAAAGAGAUGCAUGGAGAAUCUUAUGAGUUAUUCAUAAAAAGUAAAUUGGUUCCUAUAGUUGGAAAUAUUCAUGAGCCAAAUCUUGGUAUGGAUAGUAUUACUGCUCACCAAAUUGCUCAAGAAAUUGAUUUGAUUGUUGACUCUGCAGCAAACACUACAUUUGACUUGAGGUAUGACUUAGCUCUUGAAGCUAAUGUGAAUGGUCCAUAUCAACUCAUGUUGUUUGCCAAGAAAUGCAAGAACUUGAAACUCCUCAUCCAUUAUUCGAGUGCGUAUGUGAAUGGCGAAAGAGAAGGUCUAAUAUAUGAGAAACCUUUCACCAUGGGAGAAAGUAUAACAAAGGAAAAGGUCACAUCACAUUCUCCAUCUACUAAGUUUCCAUCCCUCAAUGUUGCCAAUGAACUGGACUUUGUUUCAAUGUUGAACAAUGCUAUUGAAAACAAUGACACCUUCAACAAAAUCAUGAAAGACUUGGGAUCUGAGAGGGCAAAGUUAUAUGGAUGGCAAGAUACAUACUCAUUCACAAAGGCCAUUGGUGAGAUGGUAAUUGACAACAUGAGGGAGGACAUACCAAUAGUCAUUAUUCGUCCCUCAGUAAUAACUAGUACUUAUGAAGAACCUUUUCCAGGAUGGAUACAAGGAUUCAGGGUAAUCGACCCCCUACUUAUUUUCUAUGGGAAAGGGGAAUAUACAUGCUGUUUUGGUGAUCCAAGUAGUCUUGUUGAUGUGGUUCCGGUUGAUGUGGUUGUAAAUACUACAAUGGCUGCAAUUGUCAAACAUGGACACUUGCAAAUUCCAGAGUUAAAUGUCUAUCAUGCAACAUCAUCAUAUAUGAAUCCUUUAUCACUAUCACAACUUUUCAACUAUUGCUUUGAAUUUUUCAGUUCUUCUCCUUCUGUUAACUCAAAAGGAGAUCAAAUAAAGAUUAAGAAGAUGAUAUUUUUUGACAAUAUGUCAGACUUCACGAAUUAUAUUUUGGAGAAACUUCUCAAGGAACAAGAAGUGCAUGAUUUAAAGAUGCAAAUGCGUAUUAAAAGGAAGGUGGAAUAUUUUGAGAAUUUUAGCAAGAUCUAUGAAUCAUAUACGUUCUACAAAGGCAGAUUUCACAAUGGCAACAUGAGAAAACUAAUGGAAGAUAUGUCUGAAGAAGAGAAAAAAAACUUUAAUAUUGAUGAGUCAAAGAUAAAUUGGAGAGAUUACUUUGCAGGAGUUCACAUUCUUGGAGUGAAAGAACAUGUAUUUAAUGGAAGGUCAGCAGUACAUCGCUAAGGAUAUAUUGGGAAAUUAAUAACAUUUCCUUUGUCACAAAUUUUGCUUCCUCUAUUUUGUAAGGGAAAAUAAAUUAAAAAAAAUUGAAUUCAGAGCCAUGUGGGAUCUGAAAAGUUUAUAAAUAAAAAAAAAACCUAUGACACUUCUCUCUAGAAAAAAUACGCUUCCUUCAUGUUAACAAGAAGAAAGAGAACUCUCAAAAACUCUCUGUCAAGAUUUUCGAAGAGAACGUCUCCUGGGUCACAUGUGAAUUAUCUUUUGCAACUGAAUGAUCAUAAAUUGUGAUUUUAUAUGAUGUAGUUUGUCUUUGUAUUCUAUUAUUAUAAUAUUUUACUAGUGAAACCUACGUAAUGAUCCUUUUACAAGCUAUGUAUUUGAUUUA